GCAUCAAUAACACUUGCUGUGUUCAGUCUCGCGCGUCCAGCGUUCAGCUUUAUAAAGUGUGAUAUAAAGGAUUCUGAGUGAACAUGGGUGGCACGUGACCUGCAGGACCGGUAAAGCGUUUCACUAUAACAUGCUCAGUUACAGCAACAGUGGGCAGUGAGUUACAGGGAUAAUGGACUCCUGGACCCCAAACCCCAGAGCCAAACCUUUCAUCCCGCGACAGCAGCGCAGCCUUUACCUUACCUGGAAAUACAAACUCACCAACAAACGGGCUCUUCGGCGAAUUUGCCAGGGUGGUGCGGUCCUCUUCUUGUUCAUUACAGUGAUCGUCAACAUCAAGCUUAUUCUGGAAACGAGGAGAGCAGCGAGUGAGGAAGAUCCUGCUCCAGAUUAUGAUGAUGCCUUGGCCAACAUGGAAACACCUCGAAGACCAGCCAGUGGACGCAAGGUGUUGGACAUUGAGGUGUACUCCAGUCGCUCAAAGGUGUACGUGGCUGUGGACGGAACCACCGUUUUGGAGGACGAGAUGCGGGAGCAGGGAAGAGGCAUACAUGUCAUAGUGCUCAAUCAGGCAACUGGACAUGUAAUGGCUAAGCGAGUGUUUGACACGUACUCUCCCCAUGAGGAUGAAGCUAUGAUCCUCUUUCUCAACAUGGUCACUCGUGGCAGAGUCCUAAUCUUCACCAUCAAGGAUGAAGGAACCUUCCAUUUGAAAGAUGCAGCCAAGAACCUGUUAAAGGGCCUGGGCAGUCAGGUGGCUACGACUCUUAGCUGGAGAGACAUGUGGACUCUGGUUGUGAAAAAAGGAGGUCAGGUGUAUGGGGAGAAGCACUCGAAAUCACCAGCGCUCUCCACCUGGGGUGAUCCUGUGCUGCUGAAGACCGAGGUUCAGCUCACAGCAGCUGAGGAGGCAGAGUGCCACUGGGCGGACACGGAGCUGAACCGAAGGAGGAAACUCUUCUGCAGUAAAGUAGAGGGAUAUGGCAGCAUCUGCAGUUGCAAGGAUCCAGCACCAAUAGAGUUUAAUCCAGAGCCGCUUCCUAACAAUAAUGUCCACAACAUCCCAGUUGCUGUCAUCGCUGGGAAUAGACCAAAUUAUCUCUACAGGAUGCUUCGAUCCCUCCUGUCCUCCCAUGGUGUGAACCCACAAAUGAUCACUGUUUUCAUAGAUGGUUAUUAUGAGGAGCCCAUGGAUGUGGUGGAGCUGUUUGGGCUUAAAGGAGUUCAGCACACACCCAUUAGCAUUAAAAACGCCCGUGUAUCCCAGCACUACAAAGCCAGUUUGACUGCAACUUUCAAUCUACACCCGGAUGCCAACUUUGCCAUUGUCUUGGAGGAAGAUCUGGAUAUUUCCAUUGAUUUCUACAGCUUCCUGAGUCAAACCAUUCAUUUGCUUAAUGAAGAUGACAGCAUUUAUUGCAUAUCAGCCUGGAACGAUCAGGGCUACGAGCACACAUCAGAGGACCCGUCCCUGCUUUACAGGGUGGAGAGUAUGCCCGGCCUAGGCUGGGUCCUCAAAAAGAGCCUCUACAAGGAUGAACUAGAACCCAAAUGGCCCACACCUGAGAAGUUGUGGGACUGGGAUAUGUGGAUGCGCAUGCCCGAGCAGAGGAAGGGAAGAGAGUGCAUCAUUCCAGAUGUCUCCCGCUCCUAUCACUUUGGCAUCGUUGGCCUCAACAUGAACGGUUACUUCCAUGAAGUAUACUUUAAGAAGCACAAGUUUAACACUGUCCCAAAUGUCCAGUUGAAAAAUGUUGAUGGAUUAAAAAAAGAUGCCUAUGAAGUUGAGGUCCAGAAUCUGUUACGUGAGGCAGAAGUUCUAGAUCACAGCAAGAACCCAUGUGAAGACUCAUUCAUCCCAGACACUGAAGGAAAGACUUACGUAAUGUUCAUCAAGAUGGAGCAGGAGACAGACACGAGCACCUGGACUGAGCUGGCCAAGUGCCUGCAUGUGUGGGAUUUAGAUGUGCGAGGCUAUCACAGAGGCCUCUGGAGGCUCUUCAGAAAGAAAAACCACAUCCUUGUCUUAGCUGUUCCGAUCUCUCCUUACUCUGCUCGGAAGCCUGCGCACGUCACCCCUAUUCACCUGGAGCCGCCACCUAAAGACGAGGCCGCCCCUGUGGAGCAGAUCUAGAGCAGCUGCAGUUGAACAGGUCUUAUUAAACAAAGGCUCCCACUUGCACUAGGGUCUGCGCUGAGAGAACCUUCUGCCUUCAGGCCGCGGCAGCUGCUACAGCUUCUCUACUGGAGCAUCCUCUGGUAAAUGCUGCCUGUGUCGUAUCGAAGCUGUUGUGGGUAUGUGAGUGAGGGUAAUGCAAAUGGUGAGUAGAGUAGCUCUUCUGGAGCCUGGAAUGAGUUCUGCGUGUGUCCUUCCAGCGUUGGGGGGGAAAAUAUCUUUUUUUUUUUUUUUUUUUUUUUUCCCUUUUGGAAGAAGCAUGUAAUUAGAUGAAAUAAAAGGUAAAAAGGUUCAAACAGUGGACAGGAAGGGACCUGAUUUUUAAACACUACUGAAUUCUUUUGGUUGUACUGUAUAUCCAUUUAACUUAAAUCUAUUUAUUUUUUGCCACAAUCGAGUCAGUUGAGGUUUUUUGGCAAGUAAAUGUGUUGUUUAUCGGGCGUCAUGUCUGACAUAAGUGCGUAAAUGUUAGAGAAUGCUAAUAGGGCUCAGCUGUCAAUAACUGACACAGGUCAGGUGACAGUGUUACAACGCCAUACGUACAUGCUAAUGACUUUGUGGUUUCGUGCCCUUUUUGGACGUCACAGUGAUUUUCGCACAUCAAGUAUCACAGGAACUGUAACGAACCCGACAAGUGCCAUGAUUUGGCCACAGGCUUUCAUAAAACAUUCAAGCGAUGUUACAUCAUCGUACAUCAUACAGUACUCUCAACUACAAAGUCAACAAAUGACCCCAAACAGGCAAAAGCAGCGUUUGUCAUCAGUCUGUUUAAAUAUUUUUUUUAUAUAGGGUUGUAUCGGUUGCCAUAAAAACAAAGGUCUACGAUGGUCUUAGGAGAUCUAUAAACACCGCCUUGAAAUAAAGUGGUACGAUUUUUCUCUUUUGGUUUGUCAAAUCAUUACGUUUAGCACUGGCAGUAUUGCGAAAGGAAAAACAAAUACUAUAGGUAUAUAUUUUUGCAACAAAAAGAUCAUAUUUUUGAUUUCAGAUAAGAGGUGGUUGUGUGCUUUUUAUUUAUUAAUCACUUGAGAUUUAUGUAAUACAUCAUCGCUCGAGGUGAAGUUUAUCAGUUCAAGGCUGCAUCAUGAUGCCUUCUCUUAGAAGACUGGAGAAAUGGUCGGGGUUUGGAUUGAUAUUGCAGCCGUAGGCAUUUUUACAGACUGAAGUAAGUCCCUGUACACUACCAGUCAAAGGUUUGGACACGCCUUCUAAAUCCAUAAUCUUUGUUUUUCAAUUUUUGUCCACGCUAUAGAACAAUGCUGAAGGAGUCCAACAUGUGCAAUAAUCUCCUCUGAACAGUUGAUAUUGAGAUGUAUUUGCUAUUUACGCUCUGUAAAUCCUUCAUAACGGCUCUAAUCUGAGCUGCUGGUUGUUAAUUGGUGAUUUUCGAGGCUGGUGACUCUACAUGAACGUCUUCUCUUCAGCAGAGGUAUAGUUAGUUCUGGUUUUGCUUUCCUGGGAUGGUCUUGAUGAGGGACAGUUUCAUCAUGAAGAUUGAUAGGUUUUGCAAAUGCACUCAACAUGAUACUGUUCUUGCAAGAACUAUUCCAGAACAGCUGACGUUCGUGUUUUAAAUUAACAACUGAUUGUUGUUGUUGUGGUUACUUAAUUACUUAAUGUCAUGUGUUGUUUUAUAGUUAAAUAAAAAAAAAAAAAACAGCAUUGUUCUAGAAUGUAGAAAGUAAAGCCAAUCUUGUGUCCAAACUUUUGACUGGUUUUGGUAUAUAUCGGUUGCUAGAAGACAUUGAGAUUGUGAUGUAUGCACAUUGAGGUUGUGUUUUAGUUUUGACUUGUUCUUUACAACACUAUACCCAAAUAACACUUUCAUAUUUUUAUCUGUUUUAUGUGAUUUUUUUUUUUUUAUGUUAAUGUAAGUGACUUGUACACUGUUUUCAAAUUGUUUUAUGACUGAUAUUUUUAAAAACUAUGAAUUAUAACGGUACAACUGGAAGUAUUGAAUAGUCUGUUCAACCACAUAAUAUUAGUUUGCGGAAGGAUUUUCUUUUUUUUCCCCCCUCAUUUCAAACAUGACUUAUUAGAAAUCCAUUUUGAGACACCACUACUCCUCAAGUCCUUUAAACAUUUCUGGGUGGAUUUUUCUAUACUUCUAAAUGUUGUUUUGUAUUUUGCUGUUGAUUCUUCUUUUUUAAUAAAAUGAAAUGUUUUUGA